GGCUGCCCGCGUGCGCCAGCUGAGGUUUCCCUCGCUCGGGUUUGAAGUACCCGCCUUUCCUAACUGUUGCAGCUCCCCCCGCCCCGCUAGCUCCAAGGAGGGAGGCUCGAAGAAGCCCAGGCGCACGAGCGUCGCGGUUCAGCAAAAGGGCGGAGGAAGAGCGGGUGCGGCCCUGCAGCUGCCCGAGGCUGGUCGAGCAAAAAAGGCAACUGCUGAGAGGCGACGGAGUUUUGAUUACGUCAUCAACGUGCGCCACCGAGUAGGGCGUGUGGGAUACGUCUUAUAAGAGACAGAGGCCGUCGUAAUCGGUUUAUUUUGAAGAAUCCAGUUCGUUUGAACAAAUCUGCAAUUUUUUUUGUCCCUUUUUUUCUCAAUUCACAUUUCCUUGUGACGCUCGGAGUAAAACCUCAUAGAUCAAGCCACGACCGGAAAAUUAUGGCUUUCUUUUAUAACAGAAUAUGGAAACUGAAGAAGAUGCUCCCCCUCCAAAGCAGCAACCUAUGAUAUACAUCUGCGGAGAUUGCCACAAAGAAAAUGAGAUAAAAGCAAGAGACCCUAUCAGAUGCAGAGAGUGUGGUUACAGAAUAAUGUAUAAGAAAAGAACAAAAAGAUUAGUUGUAUUUGAUGCCCGAUGAAGAGAACAGAAGAUGCAUCUAAUUGAUCUGAAUUCAUAUCCAUUCUGUGUUAAUUUUAUUUAAACAAAGAUUUUGGUUCUUACAAUAAAAUUUUAUUCAAACAU